AUGGAAUACAUAGAAGUAAUGGAGCUGGAAGCAGAGAGAGUGCAAUUGAUGGAAGAAGUUACAUCGAACAAACGGAGAAUGCAGGAGUUGGAAGAUAACUUGUUAUUUCGUCUAACCAGUACAGAAGGUUCUCUGGUGGAGGAUGAAUCAUUGAUUGAAGUACUUCAGGUCACUAAGAUAACAGCUGAAGAGGUGAGUGAAAAGUUGAGCACUGCUGCACAGACAGAGGUGAAGAUUAACACAGCUCGUGAGGAGUAUCGGCCUGUUGCUUCACGUGGCAGCAAUCUUUAUUUCCUCAUUGUUGAAAUGAGUCUAGUGAAUGUGAUGUAUCAGACAUCACUUCGACAGUUCCUGGGUAUCUUUGAUAUAUCCAUGGAGAGAUCAGCAAAAUCACAGGUCACCUCUAAGCGAAUUGCAAAUAUCAUUGAAUAUCUCACCUAUGAAGUGUUCAGGUAUACAGCUCGGGGUCUGUAUGAGAAUCACAAAUUCCUCUUUACACUGCUCAUGGCACUAAAGAUUGAUCUACAGUCCAAGAAGAUUUCUCAUGAAGAUUUCCAGACUUUGAUAAAAGGUGGUGCCUCUUUAGACCUCAAUUCUGUGGAGCCUAAACCAAAGAAAUGGAUCCUUGACAUGACUUGGUUAAAUUUGGUGCAGCUUUCUCAUUCAUUCCCAUUCACUCAACUAUUAGUGCAGGUAGCAAAAAAUGAUAAAGCUUGGAAGCAGUGGUUUGAUAAUGAAGCUCCAGAAGAGGCUCCUCUCCCUGAUGACUAUGAUAACAUAUUGGACACUUUCCGUAAACUCCUACUGAUUCGUUGUUGGUGCCCAGAUCGUACAAUUGCUCAGGCUCGACAUUACAUUGCAGCCUCACUUGGAACAAAGUAUGCAGAAGGAGUUAUUCUAGAUAUGGAAGCAAUGUGGGUGGAAAGUGAUAAUCGAACACCUAUGGUGUGUUUCCUUUCCAUGGGCUCUGAUCCUACAGAAAGUAUUGAACGUUUGGCCAAGACCAAGAAUGUGCCCUGCCGUGCCAUAUCUAUGGGUCAGGGUCAGGAGAUCCAUGCAAGGCGUUUGCUGACUCAGAGCAUGCAGGAUGGUGGCUGGCUCCUUUUACAGAACUGCCACCUGGGCUUGAACUUCUUGGAUGAGCUUUUAGAUACAGUCACUGCCACAGAAUCUAUGCAUGAUGGAUGCCGAGCCUGGAUCACAACAGAGGUCCAUCCAAAGUUUCCCAUCAACUUAUUACAAUCAUCUAUUAAAUUUACCAACGAACCCCCUCAAGGUGUGAAAGCUGGUCUGAAACGUACUUACAGUAGCAUCACCCAAGAACAACUGGAUAUCAGCAAUAUGUCACAGUGGAAACCUUUGUUAUAUGCUGUGGCAUUCCUCCAUACAACUGUGCAGGAAAGACGCAAGUUUGGCCCACUUGGAUGGAAUAUUCCAUAUGAAUUCAAUCAGGCAGACUUUACUGCCAGUGUUCAAUUUGUGCAGAACCACCUGGAUGAAAUGGAUAUUAAGCGUGGUGUGAACUGGAACUGCAUGCGCUAUAUGCUGGGGGAGGUGCAGUACGGAGGGCGUGUAACAGAUGAUCUUGAUAAGCGACUACUCAAUACAUUUGCAAGUGUGUGGUUUGGGGAAACAAUGUUCACAGAUAAAUUUUGCUUCUACAAAGAUUAUAUCAUUCCACAAGGCAAGACAGUUCAAGAUAUCCUGCAAUACAUUGAGAGUCUUCCGCUUGUUGAUAGUCCUGAGAUUGCUUCAGAGGAUCAUGGUGAUGCUAUUUUAACAAAUUUUCAGCAAGAAACGUUCUUUGUUGAUUUCCUGCGUGAUGCUCCAGAGCCUACAGGAGAUGAGCCGGAUGAUGUGGAAUUAGAAGCUCCUAAAAUGUAUGAACCAAUUCCAUCAUUUGAUCAGUUGGCUGAGCGCCUUCGAAUAUAUAUGGAGCAGUACAAUGAAGCCGUCAGAGGUGCAGUGAUGGAUUUGGUAUUUUUCAAGGACGCCAUGAUACAUUUGAUGAAGAUAUCCCGUAUCAUUCGGACUCCACAAGGAAAUGCCUUGCUCGUGGGAGUUGGUGGAUCCGGAAAACAGAGCCUUACUAGACUGGCUUCAUAUAUUGCAGGAUAUCAAAGCUUUCAGAUUGUACUCACAAGAACCUACAAUACAGGUAAUCUUAUGGAUGAUCUGAAGAUUCUGUAUCGUACAGCUGGACAAAAAGGAAUGGGUGUGGCAUUUAUAUUUACAGAUAAUGAAAUCAAAGAUGAGUCCUUCUUGGAAUACAUGAACAAUGUUCUAGCCUCAGGCGAGGUGUCAAACCUCUUUGCUCGAGAUGAAAUUGAUGAAAUUACCCAAGACUUAAUUCCAGUAAUGAAAAAGGAGUAUCCAAGACGGCCUCCAACUGUUGAAAAUCUCUAUGAUUACUUCCUUUCACGAGUGCGUAGCAAUUUGCACGUGAUUCUUUGUUUUUCUCCAGUUGGAGAGAAGUUUCGUACUCGUGCAUUGAAAUUUCCUGGUCUAAUCUCUGGUUGCACCAUGGACUGGUUUCAGCGUUGGCCCAAAGAUGCCCUCAUUGCAGUUGCGCAACAUUUCUUAGCAUUUUACACAAUAGAAUGCACAGCACAAGUAAAGCAGAGUGUUGUGAAUACUAUGGGAACAUUUCAAGAUACUGUAGCAGAGAAAUCUGUUGAAUACUUUGAACGAUUUAGACGUCAGACCUAUGUGACUCCCAAGUCUUACUUAUCUUUCAUUGGAGGCUACAAAACUAUCUAUGCAGAGAAGUUUGCUUAUGUGGAAAUGCUAUCAAACCGAAUGAAAACAGGAUUGGCAAAGCUAAUGGAAGCUGAGGUGUCAGUGAAUGAGUUGUCCAAAGAACUUGUGAUUAAGGAACAAGACUUGGCAGUCGCUUCGAAAAAAGCAGAUGAAGUUCUUGAGGAAGUGACUUUAAAGGCCCAGGCUGCUGAAACAGUUAAAACACAGGUUCAAAAAGUGAAAGACAAGGCUCAGCUAAUUGUAGAUGAAAUUGCAGCUGACAAAGCAAUAGCUGAAACAAAAUUGGAGGCAGCUAAGCCUGCUUUGGAAGAGGCAGAAGCAGCUUUGCAGACUAUCAAACCUGCCGAUAUUGCCACAGUGCGCAAGUUGGGCAAACCACCUCACUUGAUCAUGCGAAUCAUGGACUGUGUGCUGCUUCUCUUCCAAAGAAAAGUAGAUGCCGUGACUCUUGAUCCAGAUCGACCUUGUGUGAAACCUUCAUGGGGUGAAGCUUCAAAGCUGAUGAACAACGCGUCAUUUCUUAACAUGCUGCUAACAUUUGCAAAGGAUUCUAUCACUGGAGAGGUUAUAGAUUUGCUGCAACCUUACCUAGAUAUGGAUGACUACAAUCUUGAAACUGCUAAGAAGGUGUGUGGCAAUGUUGCAGGUCUGUGCUCGUGGACUAAGGCCAUGGCAAGCUUUUUUGAAAUUAAUAAAGAAGUGCUUCCUCUGAAGGCAAACCUUACUCUGCAAGAGGCCCGAUUAGCUGUUGCAAAAAACGAACUACACAAUGCCCAAGUGCAGCUGGAUGAUAAGCAACGGGAGCUGGAUGAAGUGCAAGCAAUGUAUGAUGCUGCUAUGUCAGAAAAGCAAGCACUACUUGAUGACGCAGAGGCCUGUAGGAAGAAAAUGAACAAUGCCACAGCCCUCAUUGAAGGCCUAGGUGGUGAAAAGGUUCGGUGGACAGAAAGCAGUAAACUUUUCCAGGAUCAGAUUACUUGGUUAGUGGGUGAUGUAUUGCUAGCCACUGGAUUCCUCUCCUAUUCUGGACCUUUUAACCAAGAAUACAGGAACCUUCUCCUUCAAAUGUGGAAAGAGGAGAUGAGCAGCAACAAUAUUCCAUACAGUGAUGACAUCAACCUAAUCAGUAUGUUGGUUGAUAAUGCUACAAUUGGUGAAUGGAACCUUCAGGGACUUCCAAGUGAUGACUUGUCAAUCCAGAAUGGUAUCAUAGUAACCAAAGCAACCAGGUAUCCACUUCUGAUUGACCCACAAGGACAAGGCAAGAUCUGGAUUAAGAAUAAGGAAAAGAACAAUGAGUUGCAGGGCCGCAAGAGAGGAACUGCCAUCCACAGUGCCUUGUGCACAUUGCUCAAGGAUAUGGCUGAGAAAGUGGUGCCUCUUUACAGCAACAUGGACCUGGAGGCCCUGGAAGAUGAACCAUAG